AUGCCGCUGAAGGCGUUGGACCCAGGAUCCAGAGAAAUGCUGCCGCUCACCUUUGGCAAAGUCAAGAAACAGGGAGCCACUUUCACCACCGUCACCAGACCAAUGGGAACCGACACAGUCCUCAUAGCCAGCCUUGUCAGUGCCAGUGGUCACAUUGAAGUCACCUAUGACCAAGGGAGUAGGUGGGCUCCACCAUGGGCUCCACCAUGCCACCUAGUCAAGCCCCAUGCGGUGGCAGGUACCGGGGAGUAUUGCCACGGCUGGGCCGAUGCAUUCAGCGUCUGGCAUCGCGGCUUUCAGUGUCCCGAGCGCUACGACGGCGAGGAUGCCAGGUAUUGCUGCGGAACAUGCUCCCUCCGGUACUGCUGUACGGCAGCGGAGGCGAGAUUGGACCAGAGCACUUGUGAAAAUGACGACUUCAUGGAGUUGGAAAACGGCGGGAAAACGACGAAAAAACCCUCACAUGUGCCGACAUAUCUGCCUUUUCUGAUUGUUGCGGGCACGUUUGUGUCAUUUGUUGUGGUCGGCUCCAUGGUUGCUAUUUGCUGCUGCCAGUGCCUGAAACCCAAGUCUGGGGGCAGUCAGAGUGGCUCAGCACCCAUUCAGAGCUGCCUGCUGGAACCGGGCGGCCCUCCUUCGGAUGGCAUGACCCCCUCCCGCAAUUCCAGCACCAGCUCCAACUCCACUGGGAGAUCCAUGGCAGCAGGCCGCCAGCAGAAUGUUGGCACGCUGGGCACGGAGGUCGCUGUGAAUGUGUUCAGGCAGGCGGGAGGUGGGUACCCAGUGUCUGGUGCUCAGUCACAGCAUUACAUGUCUCCUCCUCAACCUUCUGGCCCCUACAUCCAGCCAUACCUGAACUACGGGAUUCCCCCUGAACAUACUAUGCUGGUGCCUCAAGCUUUUCUGGACAACUGCACCACCUACGGACAACAGCAGACCUAUCCCUUCCAGCACCCCAUCCACUCUGAGCCAUUAUACUCUGCUGACAAAUCGACAAUUUGCCCCGAAGUUGAAGAAGCAGCGCUAGGUGGCAGGAGAGAACAGAAGGUGAAGCUACAGACGCCAUCUUGUGAAUUUGAAUCUGGAUAUUUUUCAAACUUCCCAGGAACACUGUGUAGGUCAGUAGUUCUAAAAGUGUGGUGUGUAAGAUGAAUAUUGUACUAUUCUAAAAUAAACUUUGUAUUGAUUUUCAUCACCACCACCAACC